AUGAAAGCUGACCCGGAAAACAGGAUUAUGGUAGAGAUUUUGGAAGUAGACAUGGAAGCGCAGCUCUUUCGAUCGUGUUUGGACUACAUUGGCUUCCAUGACGGAAAUCAAGCGCGACUAACUCCGCCGUACUUGUCAUUUUGUGGGCAGUUGAGGAACAGACAAGUUACCUCUCAAAGUGAUUCGUUAACCAUCCUUUUCAUAUCUGACGAGUUAGUGGAAGGUCGAGGAGUGAAACUCAGUUAUGAAGCUGUAUCGUUCGGCGAAUGUGAUAUCGGCUGGUUGAGUAGAGGUGAUGGAAUGUGCUAUCGGCAUGUCGAAGCAGAACCGAAGGUUGGAUGGGCAGACGCUCAGUGUGAAGUGUCACAGCCACAAAAUAUGGCUUUAGAAUCUUUUGGCCACACUCCGUCACAUUCUUGGAUUGGAUACACGGAUGCAGAUCAUGAAGGAACUCUGAUGGGUGUGAACAGCAAGUUGAACACUAUCUGGCCACAACCUCUGCUGCCAGGUAACAGCGACGAACGGGACUGUCUCUACCUCGACUACUCACUAUCCGAUCGAGAACCUUAUCGAAUUGCCGAUUGUCGCACAAAGCAGACAUUCAUAUGCCAAAAGCGUAAUACUUUUCUGAAAAAACAGUAUCAAAACCGAGUGCAUAAUACGGAGAGUAAUCGCCUCGUUCGAGGGCUGGACAUUCAAUCACAGCUGAAUCAGCCACAACAAAAGGAAGCUUCCAAUGCUCAAGUCAAUUUCCAUGGAGCUCCGGCACAGCCUCUGAAAUUACAAAAAGCGGUUCAAUUAUCGCCUGUGCAAGCAGACGUACAUGUGAAUCCUACAGAAACUGGAACACUUCCAAAGCCCAUUGAUGAACAAGUUCCACAAAAUUCUGGCACACGUCUACUGGACAGGGAGAAGGAGCAAUUAGCUGCUACAAACGCCGCAGUCCAAUCAUCGGCCGUACCUCCACGAAAUUUACCGCCAUUAUCUAUUCGAGAGACCACACUGCAUAGUAUAAAUACAAGGCAGGCUCUUUAA